AUGCUUUCUUCCAAAAUCAUUGCAUUUCUGGUGGCUGCAAGUGACUGGGUUCUAGGUGGGCUCAUCUCCAACGGUUUUAUAGUUGCAGUGAUGGUCACUGAAUGGGCUCAAAGCAAGAGUCUUGCAACUUGUGAACAACUACUUCUCUCUCUGGGUACGUCCAAUAUCUUUGCCACUGCCUGUGAGAUUGCAGUCAUUACUAAUUUCUUAAUAACCAACUCAAGCAAUGGCUUAGUGUUUCAAACAUUCUACUUCUUUGCAACCUUCGUCUCAUACACCCGAUUUUGUUUCACUGCCUGGCUCUGCGUCUUCUAUUGCAUCAAGAUAGUGAACAGCACCCAGACCCUCUUCCUUUGGUGCAAGCUGAGGAUAUCGCAGCUGCUGCCCUGGCUUCUUGUGGGAUCCCAAGUCUUUUCGGUUUUUGUUUCCUUGAUUACAAUCCCACAUAUUUCUUUUCAGCUCCAGAGCAACAUAGCAACCAACACUUCAAAUGUGACUCAAGGAAAGAAAGCAACCCAACUUUCUCGUUCUCUGCAAGCCUUUUUUUUAAUGACUGCUUCUGGCUGUCCCCUUCUUGUGGUUUUAUUGUGCUCCAUUGUGAUUGUAGCCUCACUCUACACACAUGUCUGCAAGAUGACAGGUAAAGGAGCCAGUCUUCGAAGCCUCCAAACAAAAGCUCAUGUCAGGGCAGCUGGGACAGUGCUCUCCCUCCUGAUCGUUUACAUUUUUUUUUACGUGGCACAUUCCAUAAUUGUACUUGAAAAUAUUGAAAGAAUCACCUCUGUUUAUUCAGUGUGUCUAUCAGUGAUCCUAAUGUACUCCCCUGCACAGGGUGCCAUCCUGCUGUUGGCUAAUCCCAAGCUCAAGCAGGCAGCAAGGCAGAUGCUUCUGAAAACAUAG